GGGGAAACAUGGCAGUUCCCUUGCGCCGUUUACACCACGUUUCGCUUCAAGCUUCUAACGGGCUGAAGUUAGCCCACGACCUUGUGUCAAAAUACAAGUUUAAUUUGUUUGCCACCAGACUGACUGACAGGUCAAGGCAGGUGGCUUUCCGGAAGGGAACGUCCGUCUUCGUUGUGAAUGAGGGACACCUUCAGGGCAGUGUGGGUUUGAAUGAAUGGCCGCAGGACGGUGGAAACGGUGAACACUCCGAUCAUCUUCCCCGAGUCCACUCGGAGAAACACAAGCUGAGUAACCCGUCGUAUCUUUACGAUGUUCACACCCACCAUCCGGUGGACUCUGUCAGUAACGUGUGUUUCGAGGUGGAAGAUGUGGAAAGGUCGUUCAAGGUGCUCCGCCAACUGGGCUGCAACUUCCUUGUGCCUCCCACGACAGUCGAGGACGAGAAUGGUCUCGUCACCUACUCUGUGGUUAAAUCGGUUGUGGGAAAUGUGUGCCACACGUUGAUUGACACGACAAAAUACAGAGGGACCUUUUUGCCUGGGUUUACUAUCACUGAAAAGGACCCGAGCUUGCAAAAGGAGGACUUGUCUUGUCCAGUUACCCAUUUUGAUCACAUAACUUAUGCCUGUCCCAGAAAGUCAUCCCACCAGGUCAUGGGGUGGUAUGGGAAGCUUUUUGGCUUUCAGAGAUUUUUCAUUGAUGGCAAUGAAGAUAUAGAUGAAGGUUUCGUGGUGAACCAGGAAGGCGUCGGACUUCGACUCACUGCCAUGCAGUACUGGAAGUGCAGCAAAGCGGGCAUCGCUCUUCCCUUCCCUGACAAAAAAGAACCCGACUGCAAGUUUGUCAUCGCAGAAUCACUUCCUCAUGAAGGCCGCAACCAGGUGGACACCUUCUUGGAGCAGCACAGAGGGGCAGGCGUCCAGCACGUCGCACUCUACACCAAAAACAUUGUCUCUACCGCGCAUGCAAUGGCUGAAGCUGGAGUCCAGUUUUUCUCCCCUCCUCCUGCAUACUACACAGAGGUCGGAAAACAGCAGGAAAUAGAGGAGGCGGGACUCGAUCCCCAGAGGCUUUCGGAGCACGGCAUUCUUCUGGAUACGGACCUGCAGCAGGUUCCAUCGUCACAGACAGGAUGCAGCGAAAGCAGAAGAUAUCUACUCCAGGUGUUUUCAAAGCCCCUCUUCGCUGAGGAUACCUUCUUCCUGGAGCUGAUUGAGCGCAGAGGGGCGACGGGUUUUGGCGAAGGGAACAUCCGGGCCCUGUGGAGGUCCGUGCAGGCGUACAUGGAGAACGAGAGGAGGGAUUCUCAGGGAGAGACUGUGCAGUCUGCUCACUAAUGACCGCUCUGUGUUUUUUUUUUAAACGUAACUUAUUGCAUGCGUGUUUUAUACAUAAUGUUAUAAUACUUAAACUGGAGGUUAUAUGCAAAGGAGCUAAAAGAAAUGUAUGAAAUAAUCAUAAAGCUGCUCUUUUCAUGUUGUGUCGGUUGCUGUCCUUGAACAUGAAUGUAAUACUUGAAGGGGUGUUCUCUGUUUAUCAAAGCAAGCCAAAUGAACUGAAAGCAGCUGUACCUCAAUAAAUCGAUUUUCCACCGACUGAGAAGACGAAGCUCUGCAAACUGAAAAGUUCCAGAAACCUGCAGUUUGUUUUAGAUGGUAUCACACAUGAGGCUUCCUCUAAUUACAUCUCAAAACACUUCCUUUGUGCAUCGCUUUGCAAAUCUAUUCAGUCAUUUGCAUUUUUCACAUUUUGUUUUACAUCUGCAAAGUUCAAAUGAUUUUAUUGGGGUUUAACAUGACUGAUCAAAACAAUGUAUUGCACAAUUGUAAAUUUGUUGGAAUUUGAUAAGUAGUUUGCAAAAUGUUUUACAAAUAAAAAUUUAAAUAAGG